AUGCUCUUCCUCAGGGAGCAACUUUGCAUACCCCUUUGCUAUGGUCCUUGGAGCGCGCCUCCCGAGGAACAAUACGACAUGGCAAAUCUUUCGACCACUUUCGUCGAGCAGGUAAUACGUGAAAAAUCGCAAAGCCCCGUGUUCAUUGACGCUGCUCGUCAUCUGAUUGAUCUUCAUGAACGAGGGUACAGUGAAGAAAUUUGGGAGCUAUGGAGGCACCUUAGGCUUCUCGAUCGCUAUGAUAUACCUCCCAUCCUAUUCUUUCCAUACCAAAAUCCAACAAAUGACUUUGACAUCACGCUCAAAAUCAAACUGCGAAACGGCGGGUUCGAGGCCGAACAGCCUCGCCAUAGAGGUUGGCAAAAUGAAGAAGAAAGUCCUUGCAAGAAGCAGAGCAACAAGACAGCCCGGCCGCCUAAUCCUCAAGAGACAGGAGCGUGCCAAGAUAAGAUCGAGAAUUCGUUUGAGGUCGCACAGGCAGAGAGGCAGGGCACCGAUAUCCCUCAUGUCAUCUCUCGCGGUAAGAUCCCUUCCCUCUCAGACUCUGACAAGUCUUCGCGCAAGAGCAAAGCCCCGAUUGUCACUACGCUCGCCACCCCCGACAAUCAUGGCUUUGCGCCUCACGGGCAACUCUUCUGUCCCAACUGGAGCGUUCUUCGUUGCUUUUCAAACUCCCUAUCUUUGGCACCCUCGACCUCGAGUGCAUCUGACUCGAUCGACACGGCGCCCUGUCGCGAUGCUACUGGUCUGGUUAUACUCGUGCUCGUCUGCAAUGCCGACCUCGGGACGGCGAUACCCCAUCUGUCAAGCAACACCAAACUGGUACCUGCUGUCGUGGCUGGGCAGAUUUUGAUGAACGCGAAUACAGACAACCUGCCGUCCUCCUUGAUCAACUUUGCAGGUAAAACCGCUUCCUCGUCUAUGAUACUGAGCUGA